AUUUCUUAUCGGCAAAGCGGCAUCAACCUCCGCCCAUAAACUUAACCACUUCCUCUUCGCGUUUACAUGCAUAAACCCCAACAGAUGGCAUAUCUGGCAACACUGAUGCCAAUGGGAUUGGGAAGCGAUGCUUAAUUCAUCUCGCGCUUUAAGGAAAUGUCUUACCGAGUCGGUGUUUCCAUGCCGGAGUGAAGCGUGUACAGGAUAUGUUUAACGUUACCCAUUGACACGAGAAGACCUGGUGUAUUUUUUAUUGAAAUGAUUUAAAUGUAGUUCAUGAGAAGACAGCGAAGCGUUUACAGUCAUCCACUGAUGGUCAACAUCAUCGUCACAACAAACGCACUCGACAAGGAGUUGUGAUGCAUGACCCGGGGGUGUAGGGUCAUCUGCAGUCUCUUCCUGGAAAUUUCAGGGAUGUGAGUCAACACCAGCGCUGGACUGGCUUUUUUGCCACAACGUCAAACACAUUCUUGCCUACUCUCAUACGCACAAUGCACACGCCUGGUGAUACAACCGUGGUGGACAUGUGUUUCCAACACAGAUGGCAGGUUUUGUUGGGGGUCUUACUUGUGAUAGCUGGCAUUGUCGUGCUUACUAUGCUUACUAUGUUCGAGCUGUCAUCCAUUAUUGUCACCGGCCUAGCCAUUGUGUGCCUGGGUCUCUCCAUUCUUAUGCGUGCAUUGUGCAUGGUCAUUAAAUGCGGUGAUGUACCCGUGACAGGUCAUGUUCUUUAUCCCCCUCGAACGGGGACCCGCUACACCUAUCAUCAAGCCAUUGCAGUGCAAAGAAGGCUGGACAGAAUUCGCAGAGCUACGGAAGAGGAUUGCAAUGCAGUCCAUUUGCCCCCACCAUCUGUCACUAGAGACCCGCGCUUGCCUGGAACUCUCCCUCCCUGGCCAAUGGAGCCCCCACCAUCCUAUGAGACUGUUAUGAAGACCACUACAGCUAUAGACCAAAUAUAAUCGCCACCACAGUGGCUUUAGAUAUAACCACACGGAAUGAAGGCAACGUUACCAGAAUACUGAACUUCAAGUAGUUUAAGGGCUAAAGGAUUUUUAGGAUUGAAGGUCAUGGGACUUUAUGGGACUUUAAGUCUGUCCUGAAGGCUGUGAAGUGCCUUUAUUGACAAGAAACCAUUUUUUUAUUUUUUUCACUCAGUAAAAUAAUGGGCUAAAAGUUCAACGUGCCUUUACUUAUAAAAAAACCUACAAAAAGCUGCGAAAAUUAAAAUAGGAAACUCUAUAUUUUAAAAACAUUUCCCACUUUUCUUGCUAUUUAACAAAUGUGUAACCCAGGGCAUACUGUAGGACCAGAGAAUGUACAAAGACUGUAUUUUUGAGAUACUAAGUUACUGUAAACAAUAACUUUACAGGAAAUCUAAGAAGGAUUAAACAUUUCCUAAUAAUAAUAAUAAUAUCUUAUU